ACUCUCUCAUGUAUUGUGGUUCAACUCUCUCCAUCUGCUCUCAUCCAAAACCAACCGCAAACACAGGUGGCUAUGUGCUGCUUCGCAGGCGGCUGUUUUUUUUCUUCGUCAUUGCAGUAUGUGAGUUCAGGUCGGCGACAUUUGAAAUUCCAAACAUUUGGAAUAAAAAAUGCUUCGGCUUCGUCUGGGCGGUCGGGAAGAGCUAGGAAAGUUUAUACGGAGUCGCAAUCCGAAGCAAUGCCUUCAACCUCCUUUCCGGUGAAGGAGAUUGCUUCUUCUGUGUUGCCAGUCCGUUCCUUCAUUGUCGUCACUUUUGAAAUUGCCACGGUGAAUGCAUUUCAUUUGAUGAUGCAUGAUAACAUGAUGGUAGGACAUUGAGUACCUGAAGCUGUAUAGUUCAAGAUAUGGGUGUGAAGAAGGGUUUGAGAUACUAGAAAAAAACAGGGAUAUAUCAUGAAAAAAGAAAACAAGAUAAGAAAAAGGCCGACAACUUGGAAGAAGCCAAAAAUAUUUCCAACAGAAAUAAGUAAAUUCAUUCUAUGCUUUCUGAUGCUUGCAAAUUCAAGGGUUUGCAUGUUGGUGCUUCAUAGUUGAUAUCGCUUAUUUAUUAGGUAUU